CAGAGCUACAGGAGCUUCUUAAUGCUGGCCAAAAACAGAUAAAUAAUCAGAUAAACAAUGAGGAGAUAGUAUCAAAUGGUUCUGUUGAGGCUUAGGGUUGAAAUGGGAGAAGACGAGACCUGAACCGCGCAUUUCUAAACUAUUUGUUAAACCAUCAACAUCACACAGACACACUUUGGAUUAUAUUAUGUAUUUUUGUUGAUGAACAUCGUAUGUACAUGUUGUAUAUCGUUAAAACUGUACAACGUAUUGCACAAAAGAAUCAAUGAACUAUAUGGAAAGAAUAUUUUACGGCUAAGAAACUGUAACUUUUACAACUGAUUGUGAUCUAUAUAUUUUGUCAAUAUCAAGCUAUAGUAGAUAUUUUAAAACAUUUUUACAUUCGCUGUCAAUAUCUAAAUAAUCCUAAUUUGUACAAGUGGAUUUUUCAUCUUCUGUUUUAUUAUAAAAAUAAUUGUUAUUUUGCCAUAUCAUUUUGGUAUCAGUUUUAUUUUUUUUUUUGAGAUUUCAGUUUUUGUCUCAUAUUUUUAUUUGUUAAUUGCAAUACAAUGGAGACAUAUUUAUGUUUUUGUAACCCUCCAUUGUUUUCCUGCCAUCUCUCUGUUCAUAAUUUCCCGCAUUUCUGUUCCUUUUUUCCCGCAUUUCUGUUCCUUUUUUCCCGCAUUUUCUGUUCCUUUUUUCCUGCAUUUUCCCGAUCUUUUUUUCUCCAUUCUCGGUCGAAAGUGUCCCUCUAAUAGAACACAGUUCCUAUUUGUUACCUAAUUAAAAUCUGGAACCAGUGUUAUUGUUUUAAUUGUUCAAUAUAAUAAUUAUGUGUGAUUAAAUAAAUUUAGUUUGGGGUGUAAAAAUCAUUCUUUUUAUUUAUAUGCAAUGUAUAGCAAUCAUCCCAUGUUUUCAGAGAAAAUGGUUGAAUAGUUGGAAUUUGGAGCUAAUUAGUCGAUAGUAUGGUUUUGCUCUGCUGUGUGAAUUUUGUUCCAUAAAUUUAUUGGAACCUAGGAUUGUAUAUUCUUGUUGGUUUCAUGUUCUGUAGAUUGUCAAAGAAUAUUAACCAGCGCGUACUCUGUUGAAAAAAUUACUUUACUUUAAAUACGACAUAAUUUAUUUUAAGAUAAAAUUAUUGAAUUUGAAAAUUAUUUUGUCUCAAUAGUUAGCCUCGAGGUAUUUAAUUUGAAUGUCCAUGUCGUGUCAACCUAAUUUUGUCCAAUAUAGUUUAAAGUAUUGAUCUCUUCUACCUGCCCCCCCCACUACAUAGCUCUGCCUAGAGAGUAUGGAUCAGCUGGUUUAAAGAACUAGCUCUUAAUGGUCUGUCUCCACUAUACACGUAGAUUAAUAUUAGAUUAUUUGAAAUAGAUACACUUCUCGUUGUUUUAUGAAAUAUCUUGUUUGGAAAUAGAAAAGACGCGUUUUGUGAUAAUCUUUAUAGUGAACUUACAGUAAAUGUUACUAAAACGGUAAAUAUUAGCCGGUUAUAGCAUAUUCACAAUCAAAACGUAAAAUAAUAAACAAAUAUGCGAUACACAAACAUUUGUAAACUAAGCGUUUUUCAUCUCGACUUUUAAUACUUUAUCUGUGAUCAUGUUCCUUUUGUACUAUUUAAAACAAGAACAAAAAAGUUCUGAUAUAAUAAUAUUUUUUUUGUUGAAUUUUUCAAUCAUUUAAAACUUUUCCAACACAUUUUUUUGUAAUUUUAUAAACUAUAAUCUAUAAACCCUUCCUGGGGCCCGAUUGGGUUUAUUGGAAACAAGAGGACAGACAAAAAGUUAAUAGACAAGCAAAGUACGUAUAUAUAGACAACUUUAAAAAUCUGAUAAUAAUUUCAGAAACUCGAGAUAAGUGUACACUGUACAGUGUACAUAGAUACAAGUGUGUAUACACCGUACAGAGGAAAUAUGAGUACUGUGCCUAUAGUUCCUGAGGAUGUACAGGGUGAUGACAAGUGGAUGUCUAUGCAUCGUCGAUUCCUGCAGGAUGCUCGGGACGCGGAGCCGGAGGUUUUAUGGAUAGGGGACUCCUUGAUACAGAAUCUGUGUUUGAGCAAAAUUUGGGAAAAAAGCUUCUGUGCUAUGCAUUCCCUCAACUUUGGUAUUGGAGGAGAUAGAACAGAACAUGUUCUAUGGAGAUUAGAGAACGGAGAACUAGAGAAUAUAUCGCCGAAGAUUGUUGUUGUACUGGUAGGAACUAAUAAUCACGGAGAUACUCCUGAACAGAUUGCAGAGGGGCUCAAGGUGAUUUGUACUGUUAUUCGAGACCGUCAACCACAAUCCUUCGUUCUUCUUCUGAGUUUGUUACCCCGAGGACACCAACCCAACUCCUUAAGGGAUAGGAAUAAGGCUGUGAAUGGUAUAAUGGAAGAGUAUGUGAAGGGAAACAGUAAACUACAGUUUGUAAAUAUAGAUACAGGCUUUAUACAGGCUGACAAAUCCAUAUCACACCACGACAUGUACGAUUACCUCCACCUUACGCAGAAAGGAUAUUCUAUGGCAUUUGAACCCGUGAACGAGCUACUGAUCCAACUACUGCAGGAGAUGGAGGGAGAAGUUGAACGGCCUGAAACCGAGGGGUGUGCAGAUUAAAUGACAUGAUAAAUAGUGAAUACUGACGACCUACAAGAUGUAACAAAAUCCCCGAAACGCUAGCUUUAUGUACAGUGUACACGCAGAGCCCUUUUUCAAACUUGCAUUUUUUAUUUUUGUAUUUUUUAGUUAUUAUCAUUAUUGUAAUUUUAAUCUCAAUUCUUGCAUAGUAUUAUUUAAAGUUCUAUUUUUUGUCCAGAAAAAUAUGAUAUUAGUUACCUUUUCAUUUCUGACCAAAAAAAAACCCUUUUCAAAGAAUUAAUACAAUUAUUUAUAAUAUUAAAAACACUCCAAUUUAUGUAAUUAAUACUAGUGUACAAUAAAUCCAUUUCUUGACCCAAAAAUUCUUCAUUUCUUAUUUUCUAACAAAAUGUAAAUUACAAGAUUUUGCAUUAAUUUUGCAUAGCAUUUGCGUUUGGCAAAUUUUCUUACGAUUUUUUUGUUUUAAUAGAGCUUCAUUACCCCAAUAGUGAAAUAAUGAAUCUGAAUUUUUGUGUGUUUUGGUAUCAAUCUCAUAAAGUAAAUAUGGAGGAUUUGUACACAGUAUCCUUUAGAAGAGAUUGGACACUGUACACUGUACAGUGUACAGUGUACACACUUGUAUUUACAUUAUGUACAACACUUAAAGAACUAGUAAAUUAGUACAAAAACUACAUCUCAUCUCACUAUUGCAAUGCUUUAAUCUAUGUUUACAUUGAUGUGUUGCUUUAAGCUAAACUCCACCGCAAUACUACAGUACGUGAUUCAUUUAAAUUUUGGUAAGCGAAAAAUUCGCGGAUUUUAAUGCAAGUUCUCCCGGAUUUCAGCCAACUUUAAUUAGUUCAUGUAAAUCAUACUGUUAUUUAGUCAGAAUCCUCACAAUUACCAGACCCCUAGUCAUGUCUUCAAUCUUGAACUGUCACCAUUUUGUAAACUUUUUGAAAAAAGCUUUUGUACGCAGUCCGUUAGUUUAAAUCAAUACACUGCAUUUUGAAAUAAGUAAAGUGCUUGCCCAUGUUUAAAAUCAAAAUUUAUUAAUUAUGCGAAAAUGUAUUUUUAAUUUUGAUCGCACAAAUUCCUUUUUUAAAACCAUAAGGUUUAUAGAUUUUAAAAGAGAUUCAACAAAAAGAAGUUUCACAAAUUUUUAAAUUGUUUAAAUUUUCUUGCACUAUGCCAAAUUCUAACCCUGAGAGAAGAUAUAAACAAGUUUUUUCUUCUAUAGGAUAGCAGUUUUGUAUAGUUAACUUAGUUUAAACUAUAAAAUAAAGGUUUGAAUUGUUA